ACACACUGCGUCAUUCGUGCGUAAGGUUGUGUUGACAAGAGCGGUAGGAGUUGUCAGCGGAACAGCAGCAGCCAGCAUCACCGGAGCCGAAUGGAGUAACCACAAAUAUAUUAUUCCAGACAGCGUCUCUGUUCCUCUGUAGAAGCAGUGUUUACACAGUUCAAACAACGACACCAUGGCAGACGACCAGGCCUCUCAAUCCUGGACCAUCGACAGGGAUGACUACGAACUCAAUGAGGUGAUAGGGAGUGGAGCCACUGCAGUCGUCCAGGCAGCGUACUGCAAGCCGAGAAAGGAGAAGGUGGCCAUCAAACGCAUCAACCUGGAGAAGUGUCAAACCAGCAUGGAUGAGCUCCUGAAAGAGAUCCAGGCCAUGAGCCAGUGCCACCACCCGAACAUCGUGUCUUAUUAUACCUCCUUUGUGGUGAAGGAUGAGCUGUGGCUGGUGAUGAAGCUGCUCAGUGGAGGCUCAGUGUUGGACAUCAUCAAGCAUAUCAUCUCUCGCGGCGAGCACAAGACCGGAGUGUUGGACGAGGCUAGCAUCGCCAGUAUCCUGAAAGAAGUCUUGGAGGGGCUGGAGUACCUUCACAAAAACGGGCAGAUUCACCGGGAUCUAAAAGCUGGAAACAUCCUUCUUGGUGACGAUGGCUUUGUGCAAAUUGCUGACUUCGGUGUGAGUGCCUUUCUAUCAGCUGGAGGAGACAUGACCAGGAACAAGGUCCGGAAGACGUUUGUGGGCACGCCGUGCUGGAUGGCGCCCGAGGUCAUGGAGCAGGUCCGCGGCUACGACUUCAAAGCCGACAUCUGGAGUUUCGGGAUAACAGCCAUCGAACUGGCCACUGGGGCUGCACCAUAUCACAAAUACCCACCAAUGAAGGUGCUGAUGCUGACUCUGCAGAACGACCCUCCCUGUCUGGAGACAGGCAUCACAGACAAGGAUAUGGUGAAGAAGUAUGGCAAGUCCUUCCGGAAGAUGCUCUCUCUGUGUUUACAGAAAGAUCCAGAAAAAAGGCCAACUGCAGCCGAGCUGCUGAAGCAUAAAUUCUUCACUAAAGCCAAAAACAACGAGUACUUGCAGGAGCGUCUUCUACACAAAGGUCCAACAAUAACGGAGCGAUCCAAAAAGGUGCGUCGUGUGCCCGGCUCCAGCGGCCGUCUCCACAAGACGGAGGACGGCAGCUGGGAGUGGAGCGACGAUGAGCUGGACGAGGAGAGCGAGGAGGGCAAAGCUGCUGUGGCGGCUCUGCGGUCCCCCAGAGUGAAGGACGGCUCCGAGAAUAUGGAGCUUUUCCCGCCAGCAGAUGGCUCCUCACAGCAUCUGCUGCCCCCCGGUGUGGCACCCCAGCCGGGGGAGGAGGCUCCAGCGCCGGCUCCCACUCAGACGGCGAGCCCCUCACAUGCACCCCCUGCUCAGGAUCCUGCUGCAGGCAAUGCCAGUGUUCCCAUCAGCCUCGUCCUGAGACUGAGGAAUCCCAAGAAGGAACUCAACGACAUCCGGUUUGAGUUCAUGUCCGGCAGAGAUUCAGCCGACGGAGUUUCUCAGGAGUUGGUCUCCGCGGGUCUGGUUGAUGGGAGGGACUUAGUCAUUGUCGCUGCCAAUUUGCAAAAGAUUGUCGAUGAUCCGCUUGGUAACAAAAAUGUGACUUUUAAACUGGCAUCUGGCGUGGAGGAGUCUGAAAUUCCCGAUGAUAUUAAACUCAUUGGAUUUGCGCAGCUCAGCAUCAGUUAAGUCAAGAUCAGCCAUCAACAGAGGACAGAAACUAAUGGUAUUGCACAGCUGCAUUGUAGUAAAUUCCAAGAAACCACUACUGCCAAAGAGAGGGCGAGGAAGACGAUGAUGAUGAUGAGGAGUCGGGAAGCUGGCAGGAGUGCAACACUACUGCAGGAUGCAUGAGGACCACAUUGAGAAGGGGCUCAGUUCAUUACAGGAAUCACACUUGAAACGUUUACAGUGCGCUUAUACAGUGAAUGGGAGAAGAGAUGCAAUCAACUAUAUCAACUCCUAAUUUCUUCUUCUUUCUUUUGCUUCAUACCUAAGCACAAUCCAAACCAUCUCCUGCCAGUACUGGAAGUGAUUGCCUUUUCUUUUUUUCUUUUUUUAAAUCAAAUGUGCCACAACACUCACAAGAGUGUCGUGCUUACUUUAUAUGGCACUUUAUGAUACACUGAAAUUGAAACGUGUAUAUUCAGCCUUAGUUAGUCAAACUAUAGAUUUUACCAGUGUGUUUGGUGAAAAUAAAAUUGAGUAUCUGUGAUUAUUAGGUGUAUUAUAUUUACGCCUACCCAAGAAAUCUUAAGAAAAUCUCCCGUAACACUGAUAAAACUAACUUAGAGACACACUGUAGCAUAGUUUUAGUUUUGUAAUUCUGUAAAUUCAGAUGGAUUUUUAUGUAGAAUAUAAGAAAGUUACCAGAUUUCUGUACAAAGCAGCCCCAGGCGUGUGGUGUGGUGGUUUUGUCAAAACAUAACCAAAGUGUUUAGGCUCUGACUGCACGGCUGAAACCAUUCAAAGACACACAACGGUCAAUUAUAACUGCAGUAACAACCCUUUUUCAGAUGGCGUUGCCCGAGAUGUUCAAAGAAAGCAUUAUUUUCACAGAUUUAGACCUGGCUUAUAUUCUUCUACUAUGCAAUAGGUGUUUUCUUUUCGCCACGUGUGACCACUGGCUGCUAAUAUUACUUCUCUUGAGAUGAAUACAUUUACUUUUUGUGCUUGUACUGCACUAGGAGUUCACAAAGUAAGACAGGCAGCUUCAGGAACCUGCAGUGAGACUUACUUUCGUUAUAACAAGCAAAGUGAAACAUUAACAGGCACAACAGACAGAAGCGGGUAAUGUUUGUCAAUGUCCCCGUGUAGAUGGGGAUCACUUGGUCCGUUUACCAUUACUGAUCUAACAGCUGGGAAGAAUCCUGAAUGCUGGCAAUGAAAGUUGAGUCUGGAGCUGCUAGUGUUACAGGCUGACAGACGAUGAACUUCUGUGGAGUGGUGCACGCUCAAAAACUGAAAAUGAUCAACCAAAGUAAAAUAUAGUUUAAAGGGUCAGUUUACCCAAAUUGCUAAAAAAAAGAAGUAAUAUUUUGUCACUUGUCUCAAGUGGUAUUUAGCUGAUACAUCUGGUCUUAUCUGCCUCUUAUUUCAUACAGUUCAUGUAUAUGGAAUGUAGUCAUGCUAGCGGCUUAAAUAAUGCGUUGUAAUGAGCUAAAUAUGUUUAAGAUCCCUAAAUCGUUUGUCACUGGUGAUUCUUUGUAAUGCGCCACCAAAAUAUCAAAAAAUAAAAACAUUUUGAAUUGGUUUAUGACCCAAUAAACUAAUACCAUACACAUUAGCCUCAGCUGUGCUUUGUUUUUAGCGCUAAGUAGCUAAUGUUGGCAUGCUAACACGCUAAACUAAGAUUGUGAACAUGGCGAACAUUACACCCGCUAAACAUUAGCAUGUUAGCAUUGCCAUUGGAAAACGUUAGCACGCUAUUAGCUAGUAGAGCCUCGCAGUGCAGCUAGCAUGACGCUACACUUAUCACAAAUUAAAUUCCAUAUACCUGCAUUGUAUUUAUGGGCAGCAGGAAUCUUAAGAGAAACCCCUAGAGGUAAAUGUUUCCUAUAUUGGGUGAAAUAAGCCUUUAAACUUCUCCAGAUGCCAGUUAUUAUUCAGUUUGUGUUCCUUCUCACUAGGCAAGUUGUUGUGCCAGUACUGUAGUCUCUUUGCUAUUUAAACUUUCACCAACAAAUCACUGUCGUCACUCCCUGUGUAGCUGUAUGGUUGUUUAGUACCUCGUGCAAGGCCUGCGACAUGGCUCCGAGUUCAGGUACUGAUGUAAAUGGUGUAUGUAAAGAUGUUGUAAAUGUACGUAUGAUGGCAACUCCAUGCACUGUCACACAAACAUCAUGAGGUUUGUUUGUAACCAUGUAGAUGCAUUGACUGUUUAAGUGUACCUGUCAGAUAAAUGGAACAUUUGACUUGUAAAUAUAGAUUAAGGCAGAUUGAGACUGCUCAUUUUCAGUACACAGUUGAAUUUGUUUUGUAGUGUUUUUCCACUGUUGGCCUUUAUCAAAGCAUCACUUAUGCACACAUUAUUUGUUUAAUUGGCACCUUAUUGAUAUGUUAACAUGCAUAUUUUCGGGAUUACAUGCAGCUUGUAAUCACACACUUUGUGCUUUGACGUCCUGAUAUGCAGUUUUCUCACCGAAACCUGUCCGAUGCUAAUGCAUAAAAUAUAAUUUUCAUAAGACGGGCGGCACAGGCUACACUCUCUUCCCCCCUGUGUGUGUAUGUGUGAGAUUUUGGUGAUAAAAUGAUUGAUCAUCAAAUGCUUUGAACUGAAAGUCACUUAGAUAUUCUUAAUUUCUUUCCAUUUUUAUUGUUUACUUUACAACAUUAUUCUGCCUCUUAAUGGAGACACCAAAUUAUUAGUAUCAAUUGAAUCACUUAAUUGGCGAGCAAAUCUUUUCUUUUUUACAGAUCAUUACAUAUAUUUUUUAAAUAUCAUUGAUUAUACAAUGUGUACAUCGACAAAUGCAUAAUUUGAAGUGGAAUAUUUGUGAUAAGAUACAAAGGAGAUUCCUUGGCAUGUAUAGAUUAUUGGAAAAUGUCAACAAAUGCAAAUGAUUUUUAGUAGCUGAAUAAAGUCACAUGAUGGAAUUCAA